UCGCGUCAUUAAAUCCCUAAUCAACCUUCACACUUAUAAAAGGCCACGUGCGAGCGAGCUCUUCUUCCUCCACUCCGUCUCCGGUGCGACGGCACGGCAGCCAUGAGGAGGAGGACGACGAGCACCACCGCGACCCUCGCGGCGUCCGUGGCGCUGCUACUGCUGCUGCUCGCCACGGCGGCGCGCGGCGACGACGGGUGCGGGAAGGAGGGCGCGGCGGCGGCGGGGGCUGGGGCGGGGCGCGACCGGGCGCGGGCGCGGGCGCUGAAGAUCGUGGCGUUCUUCUCCAUCAUGGUGUGCGGGGCGCUGGGGUGCGGCCUGCCCGUGCUCGGGCGGCGCGUGCCGGCGCUGAGGCCCGACGGCGACGUGUUCUUCCUCGUCAAGGCGUUCGCGGCGGGCGUCAUCCUCGCCACGGGGUUCGUCCACAUCCUCCCCGACGCGUUCGAGAGCCUCAGCUCCGAUUGCCUCGCCGGUGGGCCGUGGAAGCGCUUCCCCUUCGCCGGCUUCGGCGCAAUGGUCGGCGCCAUCGGCACGCUCGUCGUCGACACCCUCGCCACCGGCUACUUCACACGGGCGCACUUCAAGAAGGGCACGGCCGCCGCCGCCGCCGCCGCCGCGAGCGCGGUCACGGCGGACGUCGAGAAGCAGAGCGCCGCCGUCACACAGCAGCACCACCCUCACCGCCACGACGACGGCGAGGAGCACGAGGGACACGUGCACGUGCACACCCACUCGACGCACGGGCACGCCCACGGCUCGUCGGCGCUCGUCGCGGCCGUCGGCGAGGACGACAAGGAGCAGACUCUCCGGCAUCGUGUCAUCUCUCAGGUCCUAGAGCUAGGGAUCGUGGUGCACUCGGUGAUCAUAGGCAUCUCGCUCGGCGCGUCCCAGUCGCCGGACACCAUCAAGCCGCUGGUUGUCGCCCUCAGCUUCCACCAGAUGUUCGAGGGCAUGGGCCUCGGUGGCUGCAUCGUCCAGGCAAAGUUCAAGGCGAGGUCGGUGGUGACGAUGGUCCUCUUCUUCUGCCUGACGACGCCGGCGGGGAUCGCCGUGGGCGCGGGCAUCUCGUCGGCGUACGACGAGAGCAGCCCGGCGGCGCUGGUGGUGGAGGGCCUGCUCAACUCCGUGGCGGCGGGGAUCCUCCUCUACAUGGCCCUCGUCGACCUCCUCGCCGAGGACUUCACCGACCCCAGGGUGCAGGGCAGGCCCAGGAUGCAGCUCGCCGUCAACGUCGCCAUGCUCGUCGGCGCCGCCCUCAUGUCCAUGCUCGCCGGCUGGGCCUAGCUCGCUCGCCCGCCGCUGGCCAUGCAUUGGUGGGUGCAGCGGCGGAUCCAGAAAUUAGGAGAGGUUGAUGUCUUCUACCUUCGUCCAAAUUAUUUUCUGACACCUCUAACCCUUUUAGUAAAAAUAGAAAUUUUGUUAAAAGAUCUGAGGGGCUCCAAUGGCGUAAAUAGAGCAGAGGUGUUCUCGUUCACCCAGCACGGGUGGCAGAUCACCAAGGGACGUGCAGAAUAUGUUUACCAAUAUAGAGGAAAUUAAUUUGUAAACGGAAACGAAAUGGAAGUCGAUCGGCUGUAUACUGCCUGUCACAAUUUUGUAUCUUUAUUGCCGUUCAAACGAAAUUCAUAUAUCUUUAAUUAGUGUCUAUAUAUAACUAUAUUUAGGAGUAUAUUAAACAUUUUUUUCUCUAUGGGAUUUUACUGAGGAAAGAAUUCAUUGAUGCCACCAGUGAUCUUUUUUUUGACGUACGUGUGUAAGGCUAGUGUUUUUUUUUUGAACCGCUGGUCGCUGGAGUACGGCACCGAAGAAA